AAGAAAAAAAUUAAAAAUAAUAAUAAAAAAAAAAAUAAUAAUUCUUUGACAAUACCCUUGGGUGAAAAAGAUAUUAGGCACGGCAUAUUGUUCGGAGUCUGGGUGGCGUUGCGUGUAGUCAGUGUGUGCGUGCGACAAUAGUCGGUUUGUGUUAGAACGAAACACCAAUCUAAAUUCUAAUGUUUUCUCUUUUUUCUUUUCUUUCUUACCAGUAGAUUUAAUUAGUAUUCCUCAAAUAUUUCUUCUUCUCUCCAAUGGCGUCGCUGUUACUACGGCGGAAAGCUUCUGGUACGGGAGUUUCUCGCUUUCUGCACGCAGGCAUUACACAACCAGUUGCUUUACAUUUGGAGUUGAAAAGUGGAGAUGUUAAUAGUGUUUCAAAUGUGUUAAGGCAAUUCAGUAGCUUUAAUCGAAAGGAGACGUUUGAAUUUACAAGCUCCAGCAGUAGUACCUCAAAGUUUGAUUUUAUGGACCUAACUCGUCCUCAUACUUGGUACCCAAAUGCUCGAAGGAAGCAUCGCAAGGUUAUCUUGCACAUGGGUCCCACAAAUAGUGGAAAAACUUAUCAUGCUUUAAAGCGACUUGAGUCAAGUGCUUCUGGGAUAUAUUGUGCUCCUUUGAGAUUGCUGGCUUGGGAGGUGGCAAAACGAUUGAACAAGGCGAAAGUUACUUGCGAUCUAGUUACAGGACAGGAGAAAGAAGAGGUUGAUGGUGCAAAGCACAAGGCCGUGACAGUUGAGAUGGCUGAUGUAACCUCAGAUUAUGAUUGUGCAGUUAUUGAUGAAAUUCAGAUGUUGGGUUGUCGGUCAAGGGGAUUUUCGUUUACACGUGCACUAUUAGGAAUAUCUGCCGAUGAACUUCACAUUUGUGGAGAUGCAGCUGCUAUUCCCUUAAUUCAGGAAAUGCUUAAAGUUACCGGUGAUCAUGUAGAGGUUCAACACUAUGAGAGACUUUCGCCAUUGGUUCCACUGAAGGUUCCUCUCGGGUCCUUCAAUAACAUUAGAACAGGGGAUUGCAUUGUAUCAUUUUCACGAAAGAAAAUAUAUCAAUUGAAGAGACAAAUAGAAAAUGAGAGGAAGCAUCUUUGUUCUGUAGUUUAUGGCUCACUACCUCCAGAAACUCGGACAAGACAGGCAACAAUGUUCAACGAUGAAAGCUCUGAGUUUGAUGUUCUUGUGGCCAGUGACGCUGUGGGGAUGGGUCUUAAUCUCAACAUUUCAAGAAUAAUUUUUUCAACAAUGACAAAAUUUGAUGGUAUCGAGGAGCGGGAGCUCACAGUGCCAGAGAUAAAGCAAAUUGCAGGUAGAGCUGGCAGGUAUGGAUCAAAAUUUCCUGUUGGUGAGGUGACUUGUAUGGAUGCUGAGUACCUGCCUUUGCUUCAUUCAUCUCUGAAUGCUCCAUCCCCCACACUAGAGAGAGCUGGGUUGUUUCCUAAUUUUGAUCUCAUAUUUACAUAUUCACGUUUGCAUCCAAAAAGAGGCUUAUAUGAGAUACUAGAACAUUUUGUAGAGAAUGCCAAAUUAUCAUAUAAUUAUUUUAUUGCUGAUUGUGAAGAUAUGAUGAAAGUUGCUGCUAUCAUCGAUGAGUUACCUCUUGGCUUACAUGAUAAGUACCUUUUCUGUAUCAGCCCAGUUGACGUGGAUGAUGAAAUUUCAUCUCAAGGUCUUACACAGUUUGCUGAAAACUAUGCCAAAAAGGGCAUUGUUCGACUUCGAGAAAUAUUCACACCGGGGACACUUCAGGUGCCAAAAUCACAAGCCGGACUUAAGGAAAUCGAAUCCAUUCACAAGGUCUUGGAUCUUUAUGUAUGGUUGAGUUAUCGAUUGGAGGAUUCUUUCCCAGAUCGUGAACUAGCAGCAUCACAGAAAGCCAUCUGCAGCUUGCUUAUUGAGGAGUUCUUGGACAGGUUUGGGUGGCACAAGCCAAGGGCUAGCCUAGCAAAUUUGAAGUCUGGUUCAACUUCCUUGUUAUCCCAAAGGAUUAGGAAAUAUUUAUGACACCAUUUUUUUUCCUUUUAACUUCAAUAGUUUCUUUUACAGAUUUAUUUUGUAACUCUCAAAAGUAUAUUUAUAUGAAAUACACGAAGAGUUAAUUAGUGGCUCCUAAGUGGGUACUCUACUUGCUCUUGUAUUCUCAAUCUCAAUGUCCAGCUGAUCAAUGUUCUCUUCAUCAUCUCCUGUUUUAACAAUAAAGUAUACAUGUUUUCCAAUGUGAACAUGUAAUUAAAAUUUCUUUUUAUUGAUCCCAACUCGUUACAUUUACUUUUUCAUGCUCUAAAUUCGUUGUAAUUGACUAGUGGCAGAUGUUAGCAACUCAAAGCGAACCACUUUUCAUUACAAAAUAGUGAAAUGAACCAUAAACAUAAAAAUGCAAACACAAGAUAUAUUUAAACUAAGCAAUAAAACUCUUAACAGAUAGUUGUGCCAGUUGCCAAAUUGUUCACAAACUUACACUGUUUUGAUCAACUAAGCAAUUGUCUUACUUAUCCUCAAAAACAACUUCUCAAUAUCUUCUUUUUCCUUUACCAUAUUCUUGGCCUCAAGUUCCUUCUUCAACCUAUUAUAAACACUGUCCUGAGGAAUCAUAUCCUUUGAAAUCAUUUCCUUAAAGAAAGAAUAAGCAUAUUCAACUCUCCCACUCUUGCAAAGCCCACUAAUCAGAAUACAAUAUGUCGAAAAUUCAAUAGAUAUAUCAUUGUCAAACAUAUGAUUGAGCAGAAAGUGAAGCACCUUCAUCCUCCUCUUCUUGCAACACAUCUUUAACAAGGCAGCAUAAGUUUUGAGGUCUGGUUUGCAAGAUUCAUCUUCCAUUUUCUUAAGCAAUUUCAGAGCUUUCUCUUCUUGUGAAUGGUCACAAUAGCAAGAAAUCAAUGUAUUGUAGGUUACCACAUCUGGGGUAGCUCCUUGCUUUGACAUAUCAUCAAACACAUCCUCAGCAUCUUUCAACCUUCCCGCUUUCCCAAGAACGAAAAUCAAAGAGUUGAAAAAAGAAGAAUCAGGAACACAGCCAUCUUUUUUCAUUUUCCCAUAUAUCUCCACAGCUUCAUUUAUCUGUUUUGCCUUCCCUAAAGCAUGCAUUAUAAUAGUGUAUGUUACAACAGUUGGAGCACAAUCUUUGGCCUUCAUUUCAUCAAGAAUGGCAUCCACAUUUCGAAAAUCCUUUUCACGACAGUAUGAUUCGAUGAAACAAGUAUAAGUAAAUGCAUUGGGUUGAUACCCAUGUUUCUCCAUAUCCUCCAUAACCGUCCUAGCAGUAUCAAACUUCCUAACUUUGCACCACCCAUGUACUAAAAUGUUGAAACUUGCAGUAUUCACAAGUAUUACAUCCCUAAACUCAAGAAAAACUUCCUGGGCAUGCUCAACACUAUUCUCCUUAACCAGUGUGUCUAGAAGUAUGUUCAAACCUAAAACGUCCUUGCUUAUACCAAGUCUUUCCAUUCCCUUAAAAGCAGCUAUGGCUUCCUCAUACAAAUGAGCUCUUGCAAGUCUCCUAAUGACUUUUGCCAUUGUAACCAACGAAAUGUAACCAUCCAAAGAGCUCAUUACCUCAAUCAAUUCCCACAUAUGCUUGAACUCAUCGGCUUUUCCCAAGAUAUCAACCAUUAGAUUAUAUGAUUCUGGGGAAUGCCUAUAACCUGUUUGUAUUCCUGCCCAAGUGAAAAAACCAAAAGCCGAAACCCAACAGUUGCUAAAUCGCUUUAAAACCUGUUCCACUAAACUAUCUGAUAAAUUUAAAUCACACCCAUCAAGAGCUUGAGCUACUUCUUUAGGAGAAGCGUACCUUUGCUUAAGAAUAUUGCUCAACUUAUCGAUAUCUGACUCGGUAGUCUCGUUGAGAAGUUGUUUACGGGCUUCAAGUUCAACAAGCCUUCGACUUGGUGAUUCGACCCAUUGAGCGAGGGAGGGAAUGACAAAAUCAUCGUCUUCGGCGUUGUCAUCUUCACCAGUGGCAUUUUUAGAGGGAACGGCUUUGACCCAACUCGGAAGCUCAGGUGAUUCAGUGAGUUGGGUUGAGUCAGUGUUGGUGCAUAGGGAGUUAAGGAAGAGGUACCGACGCAAGGCAUUGGUAUUGGUAUUGGGUUUAGGAGUGGAAAGGAGCGUUGUAGCUCUCUGCAAUUUCGAGAGCAUCUUCUCUGCACUAUAACUCUAUUGAGC